UUCUUCUUCCCAUAUUCGCGUGCCGACUCUUUCCAACUUGCCCACGCUUUUCCUUCUCUGCCCUUUCCUCCAUUCUUGACCUUUAAAACCAUUUCCCUUAUAAACUCAACAGACACUCUCUCAAUUCUCAUCUCUUUACCAAACCAAUUCCACCGCCAAAAGCCAAAACCACAUCAAAGAGUCAAGAGCAAAGGAAAUAGCAACCCAUUGGGUAUUUCUGAUAUUUUGAUGAAAUCCCAUUUGAGUGCUAUAAAUCUUGAUCAUGUCCAACAUACCUACUUCGCUCUCUGAAAUCUGCUUAACUCUUUCCCGACUUACCAUGUCCGAAGCAGACCCUUGGCCCUUUUCUUGAAACCUUACUUCAAUCUAAGCAAAACCCAUUACCUCUCACCCCAAAUUGUCACAAACCCAAAAACUCAAAACACCCAAUUCCUCAGUUUCCUUUCUUUUGCCGAGUAUGAGAAAGAUCAGAGGAAUCAAGCUCGGAAAACGACUCUGCCGGGUCACCCGAUGGUUCUUCUUCCGAAAACCCACGACCCGACCCGGAUACCACAGGCUGAGUCCGCCUUCAUCUCCGCCGUGCAAGUACAAGCCGAUUGCGAAGCUACUCACUUGGGGUCGCCAGCUGAGUACCGGAGCUAAAUCUCUAUGUUGCGGUAAACCCGGGUCGGGUUAUAUGCAGCUGGGUCAGAACCCCGUUGAGCAAACCAAGCCGGUGACGGUCCCCAAGGGACACCUGGCGGUCUACGUGGGUCAAAAAGACGGCGACUUUCACCGUGUUUUGGUGCCUGUGAUUUACUUUAACCACCCACUCUUCGGUCAGCUUCUGAAAGAGGCCGAGCAAGAAUACGGGUUCACCCACCCGGGUGGAAUUACCAUACCCUGUCCGAUUUCGGACUUUGAGAGCGUCAAGACCCGUAUCGCCGCCGGGUCGGGUCACCGCAGGCUGAUCUGGAAACGCAACUCAUGAAAGAAAUGGUGGCUCUUAUGAUGAUGACGAAAUUAUUCCCAAUUGAUAGUGAUGUUCACUAAAUUUUGUGUAGUUUUAGUGGCCUUUAAAUUUUUUUUUUUACUGUGUAAUAGCUUUUUUCUAGGUGUAUAUAAAUAUGGAAAGAAUUUUUCUUUUA